GCUGUCAGGCAGGUGCAUGUCUUUCUUUGUUCUACCAGACACACACAAAAGAUGGCUUGCGAAGAAACUACUACUUGAGCACUGCUACUAGAAUUCAACGAAUAAGUAACACAGCCUAUUUAAAAAUUUAUUUUAACAAUAUGUAUGUUUUACUAUAGUGAAGGUUGAUAUCACUUUGCUUUGGAGAUGGCCACUGGAAUAUGUGAAAAGUGUGCACAACUGCUGAAGGACUUCGUUGUUUAUGUGAAGAGAUUGCCAUCUGAAUUUGUACAGAAGAUAACGGAUUGUAUAAAGGACCUGUCAAGAUGCAGCUGUCUGCGGAAGAAGAGAGCAACUUCUGCAUCCUAUAUCUCAGAGCAGCACGAGAGACAGGCUGCUCGUGCACUACUGAACCACCUGGACACAGUGGAUUAUCCUCUACCUGUUGCUCUCCUGGAGCCAUACACAACCCUACUGCUCUCUAAUGAUCUGGAGGUACAGAGGAUCACCACUCGGUCUCUGGUUCAUCUGCUAGUGAAGAACAAAGUGAGUAAGGAGCAGGUGAUUGAGACAGGGUUGCUGAUGCCCCUGCUAGAGAUGCUCCAGUCUGGGGACCCCACUGUCCAGUGUAACUCCUGUCAAUGUGUUGCCUCACUGGCCUCCUCAGACUCAAACCGGGAAGCUAUCGUGUCAGCUGAUGGGGUGAUUCCACUACUGGUUUCAGCCAAGUCUUACGAUCCUCGAGUCCAACAGAAUGCAGUCUGGGCCCUUUUAAACCUCACACAGUCUGAGAGGACGAUGAGAGUGUUAUGUCAAGAAGGAGCCAUUCCUUUACUGGCACUUCUGUUGCAGUCCUCCAACUAUGAGGUCCAGUUCUACAGCUGCUCUGCCCUGAGCAAUAUAGCCACUGUCCCGGACCAUCAUCCAAAGAUGUUGGGCAUUGGAGACCGUUUUCUGUUGAAGUCUCUACUGACACUCAUGUCCUCAUCAGUGCAGAAGAAUGCAUCCCAAGCUUGCAGAUGCCUCCAAAUCCUUUCAGGGAAUGUUGUGACCCAGGAGCAGCUGAUGCACUUGGACUGUGUGUUGCCUCUGAAAGCCCUGCUGUGUUCCCCUACUCCCCCUCUGACUGAGUCUGCCAUAGCUCUACUGUCUGGGCUAGCCACACACCAACCCAAUAGAGAGGGCCUGGUGAGUGAGGGCCUGGUUCAGGUGAUAGGGCAGCUGCUCCUCUGUCACAGAUCCAGCUCCAUCAUCAACCACAGUGUUGUUAUCAUCACCAACCUGAGCAGCACCAGCGAGGGACAGCAGGCUGUUAUGGACAGUGAGUGUUUAACAGGACUUCUCAAGGCCCUUGUGUCCAGUGUGACCUCAGAGGAGACCGUUCUGUGCGUCACUUCCUGUUUACAUCACCUGACAAGCUGGGACUUACUUCAAUCUCAUUUGGCCACAAAGAUUACUCCUGAACAUGUUUCAAGUCUGGUGAAGUUCUCUGCACAAAUGGACAAUCCAGAGUUGUCCUAUAGGUCUGCUUCCAUCAUCAGCAAACUAAAGAUGAACGACCAUGUCAUCCAACUACUGAAACCACACUAUGCUGCCAUCUCUGAAUAUAUCCUGAUGUACCUCAAGAACCAGGAAGUGAGAUUCCAACAGCUGAGUAUUGUUACUCUAUGCAACCUCAAGAAAGACGGAGAGUUUUCAGUGGUGAUGAGUGGUGGUGUGCUGGAGGAGCAGCUGAAGAGGGUGCAUGCACAGACUGAGCAGACCAGGCAGUUACUGCAGAUGAUUCAGAUACCUCCAUCCUCCUGACC